AUGACGACCGCUGAGAUCCCCGCUGGACACCUCGGCAAUCUCUCUGCCGAACAAGAGAAGAAGCUGCAGGAAUUCUGGCAGGCUAUUGCCAAUGUGUCUGGCUGGUCUGAAAGCGCGAAUGGUACUGCGAAGUAUGCUGCGAAGAAAGCUGCCGCGCCGGAGCCGGAGCCCGAACAAAGCAGUGGCGGAUGGGGCUUCAGCAUGUUCCGAAAGAAUGAAAAUGCAGAUUCUUCUGGCAAAUCUGCUGCUGAUGAAGACAAGUUUGGCCUGAAUAAGCAAUACAACGAGAUUCUGGCCAAACAGUCAGCUGAAACAAUCCGAGAGUCCAUCUGGGAGAUGACGAAGCACGAUCAUCCAGAUGUUCUCGCGCUACGCUUUCUCCGAGCACGCAAAUGGAACGUCCAGCAAGCCCUUGUCAUGUUCGUUGCAGCUGUCCACUGGAGAAGGAAUGAAAUGAAGGUGGAUGGUGACAUCAUGAAAAACGGCGAGGCUGGUGCUCUACAUGAUGAACAACAUGGAAGUGGUGGAGCAAAACAGGUAGGGGCUGAUUUCCUCGCCCAGCUUCGCAUGGGUAAAAGCUUUCUUCAUGGUUCGGACAGAGAAGGUCGACCGAUUUGCGUUGUCCGUGUUCGCCUGCACCACGGCGGCGAGCAGAGUGCCGAAAGCAUUGAGAAAUACACAGUUCACAUUAUUGAAACUGCGCGUCUCCUCCUUAGUGCACCAGUCGAGACAGCGACAAUCAUCUUCGACAUGACAAACUUCACUCUGUCCAAUAUGGACUAUGCCCCUGUGAAGUUUAUGAUAAAAUGUUUCGAGGCGAAUUACCCUGAAUCCCUCGGUGCCGUUUUAAUCCAGAAUGCCCCCUGGCUCUUCCAAGGUAUUUGGCGUGUUAUUAAGCCUUGGUUGGACCCAGUUGUCGCAGCAAAGGUUCAUUUCACCAACGGCCGAAGCGGAUUGGAAGAGUUCAUCGCGCCAAGUCAGAUCCCCAAAGAACUCGAGGGAGAUGAAGACUGGGGGUACAAAUACAUCGAGCCCAAGGAAAAUGAGAAUGCCGCCAUGCAAGAUACUGUUACUAGAGACAGUAUUCUUCAAGAGAGAGCUGGGCUCGUGAAACAGUUCGAAGAGGCUACAAAUGCUUGGCUCCGUGACGGUGCAAAUGAGAGUGGUAAACGAGCUCGCGAAAAACGCGACUCCCUCGCAACACAACUGAAAGAAAACUACUGGAAGCUGGAUCCAUACAUCCGCGCCAGGUCACUUUAUGACCGUCAAGGCGUCAUUGGUGCGAAUGGCGCGAUCACAUUCUACCCAGGUGCGGCGACGACCAAUUAA